UUAAACCUAAAGCAGUCGUUUCUUCCACCCUACUGUCGCCUCUAACUCGCCGGAAAACUCAGCAAAUCGGCCGAGUUCACUCGUCCCAGUCCUCCCUCUACUCCCCUCUCCUUCCUCCACGUGUCCGUAAUCAUGAAGAACAUGUUUUCUCCUCAUCUCUGUUUUUGAUUUUAUCUUUUUAGGCAAAAACAAAAAAAUGGGAGGUGUAGGAUCGAGUUACACUCGAUCUACUCCAUCCAUCUGCCCUUGAUUGCCAUAAAAGGGAUAAAAUUCGUUUUUUUUUGGGAUUUUUUGGAGAAGAUUUUCGGUUUCUUGGAGAGGAAGGAAGGAGAAGCUUCUAGGCUUCCUAUAAAUAGGGGAUUUUCGGACAGAAAUGGGAGGAGGAAGACUGGAAAAAGAAGAUUAGGGUUGAAGGAAAAUUAGGGUUCUGGUAUUUGAUUUCCACAAUUUUUCUCUUCUGAUUUUUGGGUUUUAGUUUUUUAUAUAUAAAAAUCAAAAAAAAAAAAAAAUCAGUUUCUUCUAGUUUCAAUUUUACUCCAAAGUCAGAAAAAAUACAAAAAAAAAUGAAUUUCUUCUUCUAAUUUCUGCUUGAAAUGGAGAUUUAAUUGAGCCGAGGUUCACUUGAUGAUCUAGGUUUAAGCUCGCGGUUCCAGAUUCGUUCAUCGUUACUCCGUUCAUUUUCGUUUGAGUUCGUCAUUCGAUCUUCUGCUUGUAUUGCCUUCCAUUGGACACCAAUAUAUUGAAAAUUUCACUUCAGGGAGGUCGACAUCCAGACCUAUUGGCGUCAUGCAAUGAAGAUGGGUAGAGAUACUUUAGCAGCUGACCCACAUUCACCUGGGUAUACCCAUGAGUACUUCAUAUGGCUACAGUCUACUCAUUGGGGGGUUAGCAUGCCAUUGCCCCGACGUGUUAGAGGAGUAUUUGACGAGGAGGCUACUUCACGGAUAUUGCUUAGACAGUUGAUGGAUCGAUUUACCCAGGCAGAGGAGGCCCAUGCAGCAGAAAGGGUUGGGGUUCGAGCUACACUUCAGUUGUUAAGAUCACAAUUGGCAGGGUUGGUAGAGAACAUGGGACAACACUUUGAGUACCUUACUAGAGUUAACCUUUCAGAUGCAGGCGCGCAUUCCAGGAUUCUCAUUCCUAGUUUUGAGGUGUCUUUGCAGGGUAUAAUACAGAGCUUAGAUUCGACAGGAUUGACGUGGCCAUCCGGAUCUUCAUCAGACCCGUCCUAGCCAAGACCGUCGCAUUCAGGAGCAGCUUGAGGAGUCAUUCUAUUUAGGUGUUUUGAGAUUGUCUUAUGUUGUCUUUUACUUUCGUGUCUUGUCUAGUAGUACCGAGUCCUUUAGGUAGUGUAGGAGUCCGUCGUAGUGUAGCUGAGUCUUUCAGGUCUUUCAAGAUCGUACUUCCCAUUGUAUUUUAAUAUCGAAAAGUUUUAAAUGAAAAAUCCCAAAAAGAUUUUAUUUUAUUUUCUAUCACUUUUCCAGAACUACGCUUGGUAUGAUUCAUGAGGGACAUGAUACGUAGGCAACCUAUAUCGGGUUCGAUCAAACCAUUUUUGGUGAUAAGAGGUGCUAGAAAAGAAAGAGAAGGGAAGAUUGAAAUGAGCAAAUUGGGAUGAUGCCAUAUGACGCUGCAACCCUCAAAGCCAUUAUGGAACCACUAAUUGUUGCUAGGUGCAUUGCACGUAUGUGAUAUUAUCAUAUGAUAAAUGCCCUAACGCUAAUAUGGUUGUUUGUGUUGUUUUGCUCUGUUAUCUUUAUUUAAUUUCAGGAAGGUGGUUAGUUUGUUGGUAUCCUGGCAAGCCAUCCAUACAACACCAGGUCAAAGCGCCAAACAGUCAUGGCAAGCAAAGAAAUAGACACAGAGUUGUAGACCCACCAAGGGAGAUUGUUGAGUCGGAAUCAGAACUGCAAGAGGAGGUCCGGAGGUUGAAGCAUCAGAUGAUGGAAAUGUAUCAAGCCUGGAUUAAGAGACACCCUCCCCCCUCAUUCCCUACCAACUACACAGAAAACCCUGCUUCCAUUCCACCACUCUCCCAAUCCCAAAUGCCCAAUACCGUUGAUCUUUCCCCACAACACGCACCAGGGUUUACCCCUUACCAUAACUACCCUGGCACUUUGGCCCAAACUUUUCAUGCUCCACCAGCCAAAACAACCUCGUACCCUGCUCCGACAUAUGCUCCUAUUUUUGUACCCCCUCCACAAGCUACCCUCCACCGAUCCUUUAGUGAGCCCGCAUUCCCAGCUCCAUAUACCCAAUAUUAUGCCCCGGAACCCACAUUCAAAGUCCUAUAUCCUUAUUCCAACACUCCCCACUUUGAGCCUCAUGUUGAAACUGACAAACCACCCAAGAACGCAGAGCAAAAGGAGAUGUUCCGGAAGGUAAAAAGUCUGGAGCAAUCAUUGAGAAAUAUGCAAGGGUUGAGAAACCAGGUGAGUGUGACCUAUAAGGAUUUGUGUUUGUUUCCCGAUGUCCAAUUGUCUGCCGGGUUCAAGAUGCCCAAGUUUGACUUGUAUGAUGGACAUGGGAUUCUGUAGCUCAUCUGAGGGGUUAUUGCAAUAAAAUGAGAGGCACUGGGGGAAAAGACGAAUUAUAAAUGGCAUACUUCAGUCAGAGUCUGAGUGGGGCAGCUUUAGAAUGGUACAACCGCCAGGACGCUAGCAUGUGGUACACCUGGGACGAUAUGGCUCAGGCCUUCGCUCGGCACUUUCAAUACAAUAUAGACAUUGUUCCAGACCGUCUAUCUCUGACCAAGGUGGAAAAGAAACCCAGUGAAAGCUUUAGAGAAUAUGGGUUCCGGGGGGAGGGAGCAAGAUGCACGAGUCAAUCCUCCGAUGGAAGAGGACGAGAUGGUUGAAUACUUUCUUCAAGCCCUGGAGCCUACUUACUAUGUCCAUAUGAUUUCAGCCAUUGGGAAGUCUUUCAAUGAUGUGGUAAAAAUGGGAGAAAUGGUGGAAGAGGGGCUCAAUUCGAGCAAGAUCAUGAGCUACUCCACCAUAAAAGCAACCACCCAAGCAAUCCAGAGUGGUACCGGAAGUUUGCUAGGGAAGAAGAAGAAGGACAAUGUCGCAAUGGUUGUCUCUGGACCAUGGCAUGGCCAGAGGGGUUCACCUCAUCAGUACACUCAUCCUUGACCCCGACCUCAAACCUACGUCCAAGCUCCAUAUAAUCCACCCCAACAUUACUUUCCCCCGCAAAACCCCCAAUACUCAGCCAAGCCACCCCAAUACCAUGUUCACCAUGCACAGUCAUAUGCUCAACCCUCUCCCUACCCGCAAUGGAGUGCUCCAGCUCCACAAAAUACCUAUCCACCUCCACAACCCUACCAAAACCCCAAUGGUUCAAAUUUUUGACCAAUGCCAGAGUAUAGAAGAGAGAGGCAGCAGCAGAAACAAACUUUUACCCCGCUUGGAGAGUCCUAGCUAUUUCAAAGGUUAAGGCAGUUGGACGUCUUAAGGCCGAUUGAGUCAAAGAUACCAAAUCCCCCUCCAAAGAACCUCGAUUAUUCCCUAAGAUGCGCUUAUUGUUCUGAUGCUUCAGGGCAUGACAUAGAGAAAUGCUGGCAUUUGAAAAGGGCAAUCCAGAAACUCAUUGAUACAAACCAAAUUGUAGUCCCAAGUCCAGACACGUCGAACAUCAACCAAAAACCUUUGCCAGCCCAUGUAGAGAUGCAUAUGAUUGAAAUAGUUCAUAAGGAUGGGGAGCCCAAAAAGUCUUCUAAGUCCGUCAUGAUGAUUCGGGCCAGUGAAAGUAAUUUGGUUAAAGCUCCAGACUCUACUAAAGCAAAGCCCUUGACAGUUGAGCUCGCUCAAUUUGAAGCCACCAGUGUUGGUCGUGAAAGGGCCUUUGAAAGAUAUUGGGGCAAGUCCAGAAAGUUCAAAAGUGGUAGUGCCAGGGAUUCUAAGUAAGCCUGUCAUAAUUGUGAAGGGGGCUCCUAUUACCCCUAUUAUCAUUAAACUAGUAACCCAGCUGCUAAUGGUUGAUGCCAAGGCUGUUACAUGGAAUUACAAACAAGUGAUAGUGACAUACAAAGGAAAAGAAAUAGAGGAAGAAGUUAAUGAAACUGGAGGAUUGACUCGUUCUGGGAGAUGUUUUACCCUAGAAGAAUCAAGGAAAGCCAAGCCAUUCAAGGAUAGCCAAAUGCCAGUAAAGAGAUCGGUCAACGAAGAAGAGGCUGAGGAGUUCUUGAAAAAGAUGAAAGUGCAGGAUUAUUCCAUUGUGGAGCAGUUAAGGAAAACACC